AUGGUCCGAGCUUACACUCAGGAGCACGUCUACCGCCACCCGUGGGACAGGGUAACCACCGCAUCGUGGCGGAAGUUCACAGAUUCUCCGAAGGUACUCUCCCAUGUCACCGACGUGCACACUCUCUCCCGCCGCCUGGAUCCGGAUCAGGGGACCCUCUGCACCACGCGCUCCGUCACGGUCAGAUCCCCACAGCUGCCCUUCAUCCUGCGCCGGAUCAUCGGCCAGGACUCUGUCGUCUGCCACUGCGUCGAGUCUACUGUCGUGGACGCCAGGAACAGAUCCAUGGAAAUCGUGGUGCGGAAUGUCAGCCUCCGGAACAUCCUCGAGGUGGAGGAGCGGUCCAAGUAUUCCCCUCAUCCUGUCCAUCCCGACAGGUGGACCGUGUUCCAGCAGGAGACCAGCAUCCGGUGCAAGCCGCUGAGCGCCCUGGCUGCCGUCGCGGAGAAGGUGGAGCAGCGCUGUGCAGAGAGAUUCUUGCAGAACAGCGCCAAGGGAAGGGAGGUCAUGGAGAACAUUUGUAAGUACCUUGAGGCCGAGGCUUCCUCUGCUACCUCCUCAGCGGCCGUCGGGAUCUGA